GGGCUUUGCACAGUAUUCUGUACUCUUUUAUGGUUAUUACAAUAACCAGAGGACAAUUGGAUGGCUCAAGUUCAGGAUGCCUCUUUCGUAUUUCCUUGUUGGAGUUGGGACUAUUGGCUACAGCUUUAUGAUUGUCAUUCGAACAAUGGCAAGGAAUGCAAAUGAAGAAGGUGGUGGGGAUGAUACUAGUUUUAAUUUCAGCUGGAAAAUGUUCACAAGCUGGGACUACCUGAUUGGCAAUCCCGAGACAGCAGACAAUAAGUUCGCCUCCAUCACAACAAGCUUCAAGGAAGCUAUCGUGGAGGAGCAGGAAAGCCGAAAAGAGGAAAAUAUUCACUUGACUAGAUUCCUGAGGGUUCUUGCUAAUUUCUUAGCCCUAUGCACACUUGCUGGGAGUGGCUACCUCAUCUUUUUUGUUGUCAGAAGAUCCCAGAAAUUUGCCCUGGAAGGUCUGGAGAACUACGGGUGGUGGGAAAGAAAUGAAGUGAAUAUGGUUAUGUCACUUUUAGGAAUGUUCUGCCCAACUUUAUUUGAUGUAAUUAGUUCUCUGGAAAACUACCACCCCCGAAUAGCUCUAAGAUGGCAGCUGGGACGAAUCUUUGCUCUUUUUCUUGGAAAUCUCUACACUUUCAUUAUUGCCUUAAUGGACGAAAUCAAUCUCAAGUUGGAAGAAGAAAAGAUAGUCAAGUAUAACAUGACAAUAUGGGAAGCCAGUCUGUACAAUGGUACUAUCCCAGAAAAUUCGACUGCUCCUCCAAUACAGGUGGACCCUGCAGAUGUCCCUAGAGGGCCAUGCUGGGAAACAAUGGUAGGACAGGAAUUUGUGCGCCUGACAGUCUCUGACACGAUGACAACAUACAUCACAAUUCUAAUUGGCGAUUUCUUGAGAGCUGUUUUUGUUAGGUUUUUCAAUUACUGCUGGUGCUGGGACUUGGAGUAUGGAUUU